ACCAACCCCACGCAGACGCGACGCUUGUGUCACUGUUCGUCGCAGUUCAUCCUUCUUGAAGCUGACCUACAGACAUUCAGCAAGAUCCCUUGUUUUGGAAAAUGUAGCCAUGUCCCAACUCGCCAAGGUAAAGUCCAAGGCGCGCGAGCCGCCAUCGCUCUUCCUUCCUCCUUCGCCAUCGGCCUCACAUGCCUCGCUCUCUACAACAGCUGGCCCCGGCCAAGGCUACCCGCCGGGACCGGGACCAGCCUCCCCUCUCGGACCUGGCCGCGGUGGCGCAUCUCUACUACCUUCACCGACCGUGAAUGAUACCCGACGAGGAAGUGUCGCCGCCAAUGCAGCAACAACCACGACCGGUUCUACAACCCCGAAUCCCGCAACAGCCCUCAAUCUCUCCAUGCCUUUGCACCUGCCUCGAGGCGAGUCUACGCGCACCACCGAUAGGACGGAUGCGCUCUGGGCUGAGAUGCAAGCGACGCUGGAGGAGGUCGAGCUGUCAGCUAGCGGAGGCACGAGGGUGUUUGGACCGGAUCACGAGCAGAAGCUGGCGGAGCUACGACAGGCACAGAUUGCGCUGGCGCAGGCUUGGGCGAGGAGUGAAGCGGAUGAUGCUGUCGAGACACAGAACAAUGGCGGUGCUGCAAGCGUCAUAGGAGGCGGGCUAGCGAAAAUCAAGUCGUCGGUUGCCGGAACGGAACACGGUGGUCUUGGUGGGAAAUCCGAGGCGGGUGGCACGACAGGAGGCCCUGAGGGCGGAGGACCAAAGAGCACCGGAGGCGCCGGCAGCACACGGCCCAGUAGUGCCGGAGGACCUGAGAAGCUCGGCGCGAAGCUUGAGCAGGAGACUGAGGCUGACAUUCUACUCGCAAGGAAGAGACGUGAGGCCAAUGAUCACUACUUUUCCAGAGUCAAUCAGGGUGUCCUCGAUGUUGUCGCCAAGUUGGAGGAUGUUGCUGUUGCCAUGCGCGCGGUUGAACAGGAGAGUAAGGAUAUCUGGGCAGACGGCGAAGACAACAGCAACCCGGGGAGUGCGAGGGCCAAUGUUUAGUCGGCGGUACAUGAUCUCACAUAGCAUUUGGGGCUCGAAGAGGGCAUUACCAUGGGUUUCGCAUUAUCAUGGCUCGUUUGGCGUUUCUACGGCGUUGGAACACUCGAGCACUACCUUAGUAUUACACACGUACCUAAGUUAGCUACGUAUCUAUCAUAAUGAUAAUUGUCACGGCAUAAUAUGAAGCUGACGCUUACCCAC